AUGGCCUCGGUCGUCAGCUGGGUGUCCUCAGCCGAGGCCCCCGAAACCAGCCCUGCGACCCCGGCUUGCGGUAUCGUUCGCGAGAGCGGCCCUCCUCCGCUUCUGCCUCCUAGUCCGCCGAGCGCGGCAGCCCGGAUCGCGGCUGCGGGAGCAACGAGCCGGGACGAUCUCCUGGACAAGGACCAGGAGGAGGUGUGGUUUAAGCGUAGAAGGACCAAGUGGAGGAAAUGUCGGAGAGCACUGAGGAUCAGAGAUGCGCCCGCUCUGCGCCUGGCCCACCCUGUGGUCAGCAACUGGGGUGGACCCGGCAACACCACCCUCAUUCAGGAGCCGAAGUGGGUCUGGGUCCUUCUGGAGCCGAUGCCCCUGGAGCCGAUGCCCCUGGAGCUGACGCCCAUGCCGCCCAUGCCCCCCAUGCUGGCCUUCCUGCCCAUGCCACCGUUACCCCCUCUGUUUCUGCCUCUGCCCUGGAUUCUACCACCCUCCAUUCACUCCGGCUGCCCUCACGUGGCCUUGCCUGGUCCCCUAUCACCGGUGGCCUUUCUGUAG